GCAACAUAGGAGGACGGGCAGGAAACGGCGUGGGCAGCCUCACUGUGUCACCGCCUGCGUCAGACCAGACGCCAGGAGGGAGUUUUCCACUGACGAAAAGGGUUGCGCUUCUCGGCAGUCUGGUACAGACAAGGGAAGCGCUUCAGCUGGUACGGGGCCCCGUACGUCAGCGAGAGACACAGACAAUAGCACCGAGAGCUGCGUAUACGCUGGGCUAAGCGCUGUAUUUACUCGUGCCAUUUGGAUUACUUCCACUGUUCAUCGGCUGUCUAUCCAACGCUAUUUUGUCACUAAUGGUGAUCGGAUACUUGAAUUGGUGAUUGUUCACGCUAAUACCAUGAGUGGGCUUCUCAAGAGGAAGUUUGAGGAGGUGGAUGAGGACCCAUGCUACUCCUCACCCUCGCCCUCCUCCCUCUCCUCUGCCUGCUCCGGCUGGGACUCGGAGGGGGAGAGCUGCUACUCGGACACCCUGGAUUCCACUCCCAGCAACCCCAGCUCCCCAGCAACAAAUUUCAACACAACAUCCAUCCUUAAGAAAGCCAAGAGACCACGGCGGGGAAAUGUGACCUUCGACCAGGUGACGGUGUUCUUCUUCCCUCGGUGCCAGGGCUUCACCAGUGUUCCCAGUCGAGGAGGAUGCACUCUAGGCAUGGUGCAGCGACACAGCGCGCUACGCACAUAUACGCUUGCUGAGUUUGCUGUGGAGCAGCGGCUUCUACGCCGGGAAAAACUCCUCAACAGGCUCAGGGAGGAGAAGCUGGAAGCCCUGAAAUUUAAGCUGACUAAGAAUGGAACCCAGGAGAGUGAGGAGGCGGAGCGGCUGACAGUGGACGACAUCCCCGAGCAGGACAUCGACAUCAGUGGAUCCAACCUCGACGAAGGCUCUUUCCUCCAGCCGUACCCGUCUAAACGGCGCUACGCACUACUGAAAGCAGCCGGUGUGAAAAAGAUCGACAAGGAUGAGAAAAGGCAGCUGCAUGACCUAAGGAUCUCCAGGGAGAACUGCGGAUGCGACUGCCAGGGCUUUUGCGAGCCUGAGACCUGUAGCUGCAGCCUUGCAGGCAUCAAAUGUCAGAUGGAUCAUUCCUCUUUCCCAUGUGGCUGUACCAAGGACGGCUGCGGAAACCCAGAGGGUCGCAUUGAGUUCAACUCCACGAGGGUACAGACGCAUUACAUCCACACUAUCAUGAAGCUGGAGCUGGAGAAGAGGCUGGAGGAGCAGUCAAGCACAGAGGAGGAGGAGGAGAACACAACAGGGGCCACCUCUGUACCAGCAGUGCCCUCCUUCCCCUUUAGCUCAGAAUUGGCAGCAGCUGGAGAGAACAGUUGCAGCAGCGAUAUGACGGAUUUAUCAGACUCUUCGGGUCAGAGUGAGGACUUUGAGGCAGGCGAGAGCCCGUGUGAACACCGAACCCAGCUGGAUGUCGAUGAGAAAGGCCUGAGCCGUAUCCUCAGUUUCAGUGACACAGAGAACUGCUCAAGAAGUAGCAGGGACGGUGGGGAUAAGAGCAGUAAAGACACUUGCUGUCCAGAUCAACGGCAAGAGCAACAGCAACCAUCUGCAGAGGCAUUUAGUAGCUUUAGCAUGGUGGACUUUGCUGACGAGAAUGACAAUAUAGACGCUGCACUGUUGGACUCUGCAGACGAUCACGCAGACGAUCACACAGACAAUCGAGCAACAGCCAUUUCAGAACUUUUGGAUGAGAACGCCAACCAGGGAAAUGCCCUAUUCCAUAGCAGUAGUGUGCCACACACGCCCUCCCCCACCAUUGAUCGCUCGGCAAGCUAUAACAUGGACCUGAGCCUCUCCUCGGAGUCAGACCUGGAGUUCUUUGACGGUUUCCCCUGCUUGGGGUCCAGCUCGCUCUACAACUCCCUCAAGGAGUACGAACACAUGGACAACUUUUUUCAGUUUCAGUUGCCUAGUUAUCCCAGCUUCCCUGCGGCUAGUGACCCCGGAACCUGCCUCCUGGAGUCACUGAUUGGCCUUUCAGAGUCCGUCCCAGAACCCCCUGCCACAUUUACAGACAAUCAGCUGUUGGAGGAAGCCAUGAAAUUGUCUGUGAUGGAGUCUGUGAAAGUUUGACAAAACGUGAAAAACUUGGAACUCGGACUGAACAUGCACAUAAGAUGUCAAUGUUAACAUGUUUGAUUUUAGAGGAAGCUGUGAUUUCCCUCUUGCCUAAUUGUUUGAAUUCCAGAACUGCCUUCAAAAUAAUAGCAAAGCAGUUUGGGAUUAAUGCUGUGUGAGAUGGCAGCUAGUGUUAAAAGAGAAAAGAUACUAAAUAGAGAUCAAUUUGACCAGGCCCAUAGAAACCAAUGAUGGCUCUCUGUUCCUAAGCAAGCUCUUUUAACCAAACCAAGAUCACCAACCACAUGCUAAACAGGAACUGACCUUUACUGGGGCCAGGUUGGGUAUGUCAACACAGCUGAAUGUGCACCUCAGGGAUUUUUUCUAGCUUUCUAGCUUUUGGAGGCAAUGUAUGGUGAUGCUGUGAUGGCCUUCAUAUGAAACCCUAGUCAAAUCACAACAUAGUCCUGUUCAUGUCCUCCCUUUGGGCUUACACCCAGAUGACUUGAGCAGGUGGGGUCCUCCCUGUGUUGUAUUCUGAAGUUAGUGGACUCUUUCUGCUCAAGAUCUCUCCCAAGGGUCUUAUAUGGUACAAAAAAAUCCCUCUAAAAGCUCCUCGAUCAGCACUUUAUCUGUGAAAAUAGUUACGUAUGGAUAGGCAUUGUUUUGGUUGUAUGGGGUCGAUUCAACAGUUAAACGCUAAAUUAUGGAGUUUCUUAUUUAUGAGCUUGGCAACUAGAAAUAAUGGCUCAUACCAUUAAAAUCUGUAGCUGUAUUAUCUUUAUAAAUUUUGUUUUAAAUUAUUUUCUUUAUGAUUUAAUUUUAUUUAUUUCAGAUAAAGCCUACUUUCACUCAAGAAGCACUGUGGUUUGAUGUUUUCACCUGAAAGUGCAAUCUUCCUUCCUUUUUUUCCAUAUCACAUUUAGGCAUUGUUGUGUGAAAUGGGACCACAAGUCCAUCAGAAAGUAUUUAAUAUCUAUUCUCUUAUACAUAUAACAUUUUUUGGUAACUUAUUAUGUUGUUAUUUCAUUAGUUAUUUAAGUUAAGACAUUUUGGCAAUAAAAUGGGCUGUUGUGAAGUUUACUGGAUGUGCCUGCUUCCCAGGGGAGCCAUACCUGCCAAUGGUGUGUGCACAGUGCUGCCAUUUAAGCUUUGGGACUGAAAACUGUGGAAUCUCCCUAAUCACUGAAACUAAAUUAUCGGUCUAUUGUAUUACUGCCUAUAAUGUAACCAUAGAAAAUUACACUAAUAUUUUGUAUCUAAUUUAUGUAGGUUAACAAAAGAAUUCUAAUCACUGAAAAAUUGAAUAUUUUACUAAGAAAGCAAAAUGAGUAAUUUUCAAUCUGGGACGACCUUUGUAAUAUAUGAAUUAUAGAGAAAUGUACUUAUGAAGGUUGUCACUCUCCAGCAUUCUGAAGUAUUUUUCAUAGGCAGUCUUAUGGUUAGAUAUCUUAGCAAAAUGCCACUAAAACUGAGUAAACUGCAAAGAUCAAUUUGAUUGUACUCUGAAUUUUUUGGAAGUCUGUGACUUGGGUUACAACAUGUUAUAAAUUACACAUGUAAAGGGAUUUGUGGAUAAAAACUGCAUAUAUUAUACAAUUUUUAUCGCACACACAAACCCUGAAAAUUGAAGAGUUGCCUCAUUGAUUACAGAACAAGACCUUUCAAAGGUGAUUGUGCUGUCACCUGUGUUGAGGGACACUAGAGAGUUGAUGUACAUAUCUCACCCUUUCUACAACUGUUUCAACAGCCUUUCCGGACCCUUUAGAAAUUAUGCAUGCAGGUCCUGUUUGUUAAAACUUGUUCUAAUUAAUUGUAUACUUUGAAAAGUGCAGAGUGCACGUUGGAAAUGUAUUAUUCGCUUUUUGCCUUUUUGAUUACUUUGAAAUCCAUCCAAUAUAUGUUCUAAUGCCAUGAAGAGGGCACUGAUUUUUGCAAGCAAACAUUUGUUUCUCUUGUACAAAACAUCAAUUCUCAUGAAGAAAUGGCAACAGUGAGUGUUUAUCAAUGUAAUGUAUUACAGUACAGCUUUUAAAAUAUUAUUUUCAAAGAACGUGUCUUACUUUUUGCCUUUUGUGUUGUACAUAUUUCUGCUUGAAUGGUCCUGCAGAGCAAACAAAGCUGCUUUAUUUUUUACAUAUUCACACUUUAACCUGCUGUUCAAAAAACGUUUCUUUCAUCUAAGCCAUUUUGACAGCCUGUCCCUCCAAAUAAUAAUU